CAGGGCCAUGCCAGGCGCCUUCUCUCCAAGCCAGUGUUUUGAGAGAACAUCCUUCCACCAUGAACUUCUCAGGAAAGUACCAGCUCCAGUCCCAAGAGAAUUUUGAAGCCUUCUUGAAGGCUGCUGGUCUACCUGAUGACAUCAUACAGAAGAGAAAGGAUACCAGGGGAAUGUCCGAAAUUGUACAAAAUGGAAAUCACUUCAAGUUCAUCGUUAACAACGAUAACCAAAUCCAGGUGAACGAAUUCACCCUGGGGGAGGAGUGUGAGCUGACCGCUCCCACUGGAGAAAAGGUCAAGUCCCAACUGUAA